AUGACAGAUAAAUAUAAAACAAUAGAAAAAAAAUUAAGUGCAAAGACAUUAGAUACAGAAGAACAAACAGUUGAGAUUACUGUUAAAAAUAAAGAAUUAAGUAUUGAUAAAACUAAGUAUUUCGAGAAUGAUAAAGAAAUACAAAAUUGUAAAAUAGUCAGGGGAUAUCUUUAUGAUACAAUAGAAUUACCAAGAGAAAUAGUUACUGGUGUUAAAUUAAAAGAUGAUAAAGACUUAUUGAGUGUUGCAGUUGAAGAAAAUAUUGAGAAAUUAUUAAUUGAAAAGAAAGACUUAGAAGUGUUAGAAGUGGAUGCGAACAAAGUAUUUGGUAAGGCGUUCUCGGCUGAUGAAUAUCAAUUGGAAAUACAGGGAGGUGUAGUUCAAUUGGUAGAACGCUGGCCUUCAGUUCCAGUUGUUGUGGGUUCGAGUCCUGCCGCCUCUGCCAAAAAAUGUCCAAGUGUACGGAAUUGGUAG